GAAAAAUGAUAAACAUAUUCAGUCGGCAAGCAGCCUUGCGGGACUCUGCAUCUCUUCAGCGAGACGCAUAAUAGAGAGCGGCCGCCGUUCCGAGAUAAAGCCUCCUACUCAUCCUCCCGCGCGCUCUCUUCAUUUUCAUUUCGGUCGCCGCGUGGACCGCAAGACCACCGAAAUGAACGGUCUCUUGACGUUCUUUGUGCUGCCCCUCAUGGUCUCGGCCCAGUCGGCGCGAACGGGAGGGCCUACUUUGUGGAAUCACACAGUGAUGGACAAACUGAAGCACGAGCUGCUCGCGCAUUACGACAAAUUCACUCGGCCGGCUCAUCAUAACAACACCACUGUGGUCAACAUUGAUCUGAAUUUCAAACAUAUCGAUCUGGACGAAAUGUCGUCGAUUUUCACUGUUUACGUCUGGGCUAAAAUGGUAUGGAACGACGAAAAAUUGCGGUGGAACGCUUCAGAUUAUGAGAACAUAAAUUUAUUACACCUCGCUGAUCAUGAAGUGUGGCAGCCAGAUAUUACACUGUACAACAGUGCACAGGGCAGCGAAAUCGACCACUACGGCAACACGCACUGCCUUGUCUACGACAGCGGCCAAGUGCUGUGGGUACCUCCGGCCGAAUUCCACGCCUUCUGCCAGAUCGAUCUGCACUAUUGGCCCUUCGACACGCAGACCUGCUCGCUGACGCUUGGCUCCUGGACCUACGAUGGCGAGCAGAUCGAUCUUCAAAUCGAAGAAGGCGAAGCAGAACUGGAGAUGUUACACAACAACUCGCAGUGGGAAAUCUUGAGUGUCGAGAAAAGGCGCAACGAGAAGUUUUACCCGUGCUGCACCGAGGGCUACAUCGACAUCACCUAUACCCUGACCAUGAGGAGGCGGUCCGAGGCGUAUAGGACGGUCGUCAUAACGCCGGCCACAGUGGUCAUUCUGCUCACUUUGGCCGCCUUUCUGCUGCCGAGCCACGCCGGCGAAAAAAUAAUUCUGAAUGGUGUGACUGCCGUAAUCAUCUGUAUGUUGCUACUGUCGUUCAGCGAGCGACUGCCAGAAAUGGCUUACAGACCGCCAUUAAUCAUCCUCUUCUACGGUUCAUGUUUGACCAUGGUUGCGUUCGCGCUGAUCGAGUCAGUCGUCGUGAUCAGAAUCUCGAAGAAUUACAGCGCACAUCCAUUGCCUUGGUUCAUCAAGCAAGCGCUGUCGGGCUGGUUGGGCACCGUGUUGCUGUUGGAGCCGCCGCCGUCGAUGCAACCAAGCACUCUUGGCUCAAUGGGAGAGGAAAUGAGGGACAAUGCAGAUGACCAGCACGACCAGCAGCACAUCAUCUCAAGCCCGAUUGGCUUGUCCCACAAGGACUGGUUGCACUUCGCGACGGCCAUCGACAGGAUCUUCCUUUUUACCUACGUGUUUGUGUUCCUCAUCAUGAUCAUUUCAUUCCACAUCUAAGCGUGCACGCUCCUUUGCACACGAUCCCCGCAGAAAAAGAUAUUUUUAUGCAAAUAAAACUGAACUUUUAUUCAUUC